CCUGUAGCCUGCAGUCAUCUCAAGGUCAUGAUGAUGGGCAACACCCAAGUAGCCAGACUGCUGCUGCUCUACGGUGCCGAACCGAACUGCGAGGACCCAGCCACCCUCUCCCGACCCGUGCACGAUGCAGCGCGGGAGGGCUUCUUGGAAACUCUGAAGAUACUGCACCAGGCGGGGGCGCGGCUGGAUGUGCAUGAUGCCCGAGGUCACCUGCCAAUCGACCUGGCCCAGGAGCGGGGCCAUCUCGAUGUCGUACAGUAUCUAUGUGCGGCCGAGAACCCCCAAGGCAGCCGGCCAGCAGGCAUAGCUUAUGCUCAAACACCCCCAGAGGUCUCGGAUUUCGCGGACCACCCCUGGAGCCCUGCUAAGCCCUCUUUCUGCCUGCCCGGUUCUCCACCUCGGAUCCAUCCCUGGAAAACAGAACAGAGCUUGGCGGUCCCGAUUCGCGUCUGUGAUAGUAGUAUGUGGGAGGCUGAGGCGAGAGCAGCUAGAGGCCCGCUUGCUUUACAAAGAAAUAAAAGGAAAUAAUGCUUUUAAGAA